AGGCAUAUCAGAUAGAUAUCGACACGUAUAAGAUACCCGUGUACUUAAUUCCUUACAAAAUAUUUAGUUCCCUUGUCUGUGUUGACAUCAACAGCAUAUCGUUUUCAACCGGAAAAUGGGAGUUCACGGUCUCUGGGAACUACUCUCCCCCGUCGGUCGCCGCGUCUCCGUCGAAACCCUCGCCGGAAAAACACUUGCCGUCGACGCGAGUAUAUGGAUGGUACAGUUUAUCAAAGCGAUGCGUGACGAGAAAGGUGAAAUGGUUCGUAACGCUCAUUUGCUUGGAUUCUUCCGUCGUAUUUGUAAGCUUUUGUUUCUUAGAACCAAGCCGGUUUUCGUUUUUGACGGUGGUACGCCGGCGUUGAAGCGGCGGACUGUUAUUGCUCGUCGGAGGCAGCGGGAGAAUGCUCAGGCGAAAGUUCGUAAGACGGCCGAGAAAUUGCUUCUUAAUCACUUAAAGGCAUUGAGGUUGAAAGAGCUGGCUGAUGAUAUUAAGAACCAGAGACUGACGCAAAAGAGUGGCAAGAAGUCCCAGGAAAAAUCUAAUCAAAUGGACUCUGUCGGUAGUGAUUUAGAGAAAAGUCACACAAAAGAGCUAGAAGAAAUGCCUGCAUCUCUUUCUGUUGCUAAGGAGGACAGAAAUCCACCGCAGACUAAAAUAUCGUCAAGUUACAACCAAGAGGAGCUUGAUGAAAUGUUGGCAGCAUCUAUAGCUGCCGAGGAAAAUGAAAUACGAUCCAGAGAAGGAAUGACAUCUACUGUAAUUAAUUCUUCAGAUGCAGACGAAGAGACUAUACUGCUCACAGCCAAUGAGGAAGUUGAUUUAGCUGUUUUAGCUGCUCUGCCACACUCGAUGCAACUUGAUAUUCUUGCGCAGCUCAAAGGGAAGAAAGCAGAAGGACCAAUGAAGCAAGUUGACAGCCAAAUAAGACAUGGGGUCAGUGAUUGUGGCAAGGGUAAAGGGAUUAUUUUCAAUGAAACUGACAUGGUUGGGUGUAGCUCAAAAUGCGACGUGAACGGGACAUCAAGCAGUGACAAUCAAAACAGAAUUGAUGAAAUGUUAGCCGCAUGUAUCGAUAUGGAGGAAAAUGCGAAGUUAGUAAAAAAUGUAACAAGUUCAAGUUCUCUCGGGAAUUCCACCAAUAAGGAAAAGGAUGGUAACUAUGAUGAAGAUGAAGACGAAGAGAUGAUACUGCCAUCUAUGCACAGUGAAGUUGAUCCAGCUGUUCUUGCCUCUCUGCCUCCGUCAAUGCAACUGGACCUGCUUGUUCAGAUGAGAGAGCGGUUGAUGGCAGAGAACAGACAAAAGUAUCAAAAAGUCAAGAAGGAUCCUGCAAAGUUCUCUGAGCUACAAAUAGAAGCUUACCUUAAAACUGUUGCUUUCCGUCGCGAGAUAAAUGAAGUGCAGAAGGCUUCUGUUGGAGGAGGAGUAGGUGGGGUACAAACUUCACGGAUUGCAUCUGAAGCCAACCGAGAGUAUAUAUUCUCGUCAUCUUUUUCCGGUGACAAACAAGGACUUGCCUCCACCAGAUUAGAGAGAAAUGUUGAAGAUACACAACAAAUGCAACGGGGAACACAUCCUUCACAUAAUUUUGUAAAUAACAUAACUGCAGGAAAUGUUUCCAAGACUUCAGCUGGAUUGGUUGGUAAUGAUUCUAGUGAGCCUGUUGAUGAAAGUAUUGAGACAUAUCUAGAUGAGAGGGGUCGGUUUCGAGUUAGUAGGUCAAGAGCUAUGGGGAUGCGUAUGACCCGCGAUAUUCAAAGGAAUUUGGAUUUGAUGAAGGAGAUUGAGCAUGACAGAACAGAUGUGAACAAGGUUGAUAACAUUGAAACAGUGCCUAAUACAGAUAAUAGUCCUUUAGAAUGUUCUGGGAAUCAGCUUAGUUGUAAAGCACAAGAGGUGAAUUUAGAAUUAGUUGGAGAGAAUGUGGAAAAUGAGAAAUUAAUGCUUGGUAAGGAUACUUCUAUAGAGAUAUCCUUUGAAUAUGAUUGCAAGAAUGAAUUUGCAAGCGGUGGGGAUGAUAUAUUUGCCAGUUUAGUAGGAGGGAUAUCUUUGGAGCACUCUCAUGCUGAUGAUACUGUGGUGAAUGUGCAACCUUCUGGUUCUGAUUCAGAUUGUGAUUGGGAAGAAGGAACUGUUCAGGAUAAGAAUACAAUUUUUCCUGGAUAUAAUGAAGUGGGAUUGAAGUCUUCAGGUGAGUAUGAUGAUAAUAAUAAUGAUAAUAAUGACAGUGAAGUAGAAUGGGAAGAAGGGGAUUGUAAUGGUACUACAAGUACCUUGUGUCCAGCUGAGUCGGGAAAGGUGGCAUCAAAAGGGCACUUGGAAGAGGAGUCUGAUUUACAGGAGGCGAUUAGGAGAAGUAUUGAGAGUACUCAGGAUGGGAAACUUAAAUACGUGUCAUCUUCAGACGAGCAUUCAAGUGCCUGUGAGAAUAAAUUAGAUCCUAAUUUAGAACAUGGUGAUAAUGGUGGUUUUGGCUCAAACCCAAUGGAUUUAAAUGAUAGUAUGGUGGAUUCCAAUUUGCCUAGGGAAGGUCAUAAUGAACAAAGUGAAUUACAUGAAACUGUAGGAGACAAAAGGGAAAAUCAUGUGACUAGAAACAACCGAGAAACUUCCCAUUUCAACGGAAGUCAGUUAAAGUCAUUUGUGGCAAUUAAUUCCAAUAACACAGAUACAUUGAUUAACGAACCUAGCAAACUGGAUGGACAUGAUAUUUUCGAAAAUUCAAUUUCAGAUACAACUGCCAUGAUGAUGGAUGAAGUUCCUAAUCCUAUUGUUGCAGAGGAAUCAUUGGAUAAUCAUAAUGAUGGUAAAACUUCUCUCUGUUGUAACAGUUUGUCCAAUGUUGGUGUGACUGAAGAGGACAAAAAUAAGCUUAUUAAUGAAUCUGAACCAAUGAGUAAUUCUACUGACAAUACAAAUACUGCUAUUCUUUCCAUGGACUCAUCUUUAAAAGGAGCUAAAAAAGACAUUGAUAUGGAGCUAAAAUUGCCUUCAGUUAACAAUGAUGGAAAUUUUUCUAUGGAAAGGACUAGUAACGUCUCCCAAGGCUCGAUGAACGUCCCAGGAGAUUUUCCUGUACAAUUGGAUGAGGUUCAAUUGAAUGAAGAAAUGCAAAUUCUUGAUCGGGAAUAUAGGAACCUAGAAAAUGAGCAGAGGAAGCUUGAGCGUAAUGCAGAAUCUGUUGACAGUGAAUUAUUCACUGAAUGUCAGGAACUACUGCAAAUGUUUGGCUUGCCAUAUAUUAUUGCUCCUAUGGAAGCUGAGGCACAAUGUGCGUACUUGGAACUCUCUAAACUGGUUGAUGGUGUUGUCACCGAUGACUCUGAUGUCUUUUUAUUUGGGGCACGCAGCGUUUACAAGAACAUAUUUGAUGAUCGCAAAUACGUAGAGACAUACUUCAUGGAGGAUGUUGAAAAGGAGCUUGGAUUGAACAGAGAAAAAUUAAUUCGCAUGGCACUUCUUCUCGGGAGUGACUAUACUGAAGGUGUAAGUGGGAUUGGCAUUGUUAAUGCUAUUGAGGUUUUAAAUGCGUUCCCUGAGGAAGAUGGAUUACUGAAAUUCCGGCAGUGGGUUGAGUCACCAGAUCCCACCAUCCUUGGAAGGUUGGAUGCAAAAUCUGUAUCUAAGAAAGGGUCAAAACUUGAAGAAAAGGAGUCGCCUGAUUACAUCCAAGAAACAAAGCAAACUUUCAUGGAUAAGCAUAGAAAUGUUAGCAAGAAUUGGCAUAUUCCUUCUUCUUUUCCAAGUGAAACAGUUAUAUCUGCUUACAUAUCUCCACAAGUUGAUAAGUCAACUGAGCCUUUCGCAUGGGGAAAGCCAGAUCAGCUUGUUCUUCGCAAAAUGUGCUGGGAGAAAUUUGGGUGGUCUAGCCAGAAAGCAGAUGAGUUGUUAUUACCUGUUUUAAAGCAAUACAACAAACAUGAGACUCAACUGCGUUUGGAGGCAUUUUAUAGUUUCAAUGAAAGAUUCGCAAAAAUUCGUAGCAAGAGAAUCAAGAAAGCAGUAAAAGGAAUUACUGGUAAGCCACCUUCAGAUUUAAUAGCUGAUUCUUCAGGGAGCAUGUCCAAUGGUACAAAAAAUGGGAUAGGAAGUUCUGUUGACCCUGAGGAUGACAAAUUGGAGACUUCAAAGGGAACAGAUAAAAGUCUUGCAGCUAGGAAGAAAUCGAAAGCAAAAGAGUCAACGAAAAGGAAAAAUGAUGGGAAUACUGUUGCUAAGCAACAUACAAAGAAAAAGAAAAUAAAUGAUGUUUCUUCUUCUGCACCUGCUGCAUCUGAGAUUGAGAAUUUACAGCCAUGUAUGCAAACAGAAGGGCAAUAUGAUGGUGAGGAUUUAGUUCAGAUAAAAAGUAGCCGUGGGCGAGGAAGAGGUAAAGGUGUAGGAGUGACAAGAGGCAGGGAGAAGAAAAGUCGUCAUUUUCAACCGUCUGAAACUGAAACAUCAUCUAGUAGUCUUGAUAUUGACAAUCACGAGCCAAGAGCACAAGUUGAUUUGUCAUCAGUUCCUGAUGUUAAGCGAAGGUCAAUGCGAUCUCGGAAACCUGUCAACUAUUCUUUCGAGGACCUUGAAGUUGAAGAUGCUGUUGAUUCAUUUGAUCAGAGCAAUCAGAAAUGCUUGCGUCGAGAGCUAGUAGAAGAAAAAUCUAUGUGCAUUGAUGGUUCCAGCAUAGGGAAAGAAAGCGGUAUGCUAGAAAUUCCUCUGAAGGAUAACUUGCCGGCAGACUAUCUGGAGCCAGAAACAGAUGCUGGUGCAGCAACACCAAGGACUCACCCUUCAGAUGACUAUCUUGAAAUGGGAGGUGGAUUCUGUGUAGACGAUAGUGAGAUGGAUAACAACCAUGAUGCAAUUGAUGAUAUGAACACGAGUACUGCAAACUCUCCACCCUUUUCUGAAUUAUUGGGUGAAACCGAUCGUGAUAAAAGUAGUUCAGAUAUAUUAUUUUUGGGUGCCGAAAAGGCUACAAGUGAGACACAACAUGGAGGGGAAUGUAAAAACUCCAACAAACUGCCAAAUGACCAUCUUCUAAAUGCUGACAUAGGGGUAUUAAUACCAGAGAAUGCUCAUCACAAUAGUGAGAGCUCCAAUGUAGCUUUUAGCGCUAUGCCAUUUUUGAGGAAGAAAAGAAAGAAAUGAAACAUUCCCAACUCUGAAUGUCUCAAUUGAUCUACCACUGUAAAUAGUUUUUACAUUUUAUCUUCCAUUUGAUCGGAAAGAGAGGGCUGUGCUGACAUGGUGGUUUUUUCCAAUUGGGAUGUUCCGAUCAUUUUGUGGGUUGUAUAAUUACUUUACCACACAAACCCCUUUGUUUCUGUUUGGUUGUUUAUUUGAUGCAUUGAAAGUGGAAAAUGAUGUGCCCCCAAGUUAGACCCAUUGCACGUAGGAUGAUUCCAUCAAACUUGUAUUGUAUCACCGAUUUGAGGCCAAAGUAAAAAAAAACUCGAGGGUGCGUAUUGGGAUGGCAAUGAGAUAUAUAUGACUAGGGUACUAUCAACUUUUAUGUAUAAUAUCCAUUUUGUGUAUCAACUGUUAAGUACUUCAUUUA